GUGAACCAAACCGGACGUCAACUACAAUCUGACGUCACAGUGUUUGUUCUACUCCCACUCAACACUGCACGGACAUCAUGAGACGCAAUGCAGGCGCCUGGCUGGCGCCACUCCUGCUGCUGGCCACGCUGGGAGGCGCCUGUGUGCCCACUGACCUGGACAUGAAGCUGCUGAAGGAGGUGACGUCGGGUCCGGUGGCCAACCACGUGAUCUCACCGUUCCUGAUGUCGCUGCUGAUGUCGCGGGUCUGGCUGGGCGCCAGAGGUGCCACUAGAGCCGAGAUGACGCCUGUGCUGGGAAUGUCCGGCCCAAAAGACACAUCGUUCCUCCAUGGCUACCGCUCGGCCUUGGCGGUCCUGUCUGGAGCCAGCAAAGGCGUCACGACGUCAGUAUAAAACAGGAUCUAUCGCAAGCACAGCUU